AUGCGUGUGUUUCAGGCGAGUCAUGAUUACGUCAAUACGGACCGGCAUUACUUACCCCUUUUCAAGGACGACCUUGUCCUUACCCUGGAGGAGCACCCCAGUGGCUGGUGGACGGCGCGAAAUGUGAACGGCGCCAAGGGAAUUGUUCCAUCGACCUUUUUAAAGGAAUUUUUUGUUUGCCCUCCGAUAGAAGUGUUGCUCCACGAGCAUUCUAUCAUGUUGGCGGCACAGAGAUUUUCCGUUGAUCUUUCUUCACACGCACCUACCCCUUUAAAUCACAAUGAGGUGCUUCAACAAUGGGAAACACCUUGCGUUAUGACAACACUGACUGAACUGGAACGCGGCGUUGGAGAUCUUCUUCUGCAGCGGGAAACAGCUCGACGAGGCCUACUGGAAGGCCUAGAAGCGUUGGAGGGAGACACUAGGGAAUCUUUUAGGGAUGAGAGUAGGUGGGACAAGGAGGUGGCGACCUCGAGGUUGGAACUGGGUACGUUGAGACAGCGAAUGGAUACACUGGAAGCGCACGAAAAACAGGUACGAAGCGAGUUGGGUAUUCUAAGGGACACGGUAUUGCGGUCGAGGUGCCAAGCACCUGUGAGGCUACUUCGCCUUGUUGGAGAGUUUCUUGGGGAGGCGGCUGGUUUCCCCUCUAAAGUUGCACUGUAUCUUGAAGCUCUUCGUAGUAAAUUAAGGAGGCAUCACAGAGAUGUGCAAAUGACUGAGGCGAAGUUGUCUUUGCUUAGCAAAAGUGUUCAGGAAUUAGAGUGUACGUGUCGGGAGGGGAAUAAGCUUCUUUCCUCUCGAAUUAGCCUUCGAGAUGCCAAGAUUUCUGCAUGGCUGGGCUUUUGGUUAGAUCAGGCCGAGACGGCCAAAGACACAUACCUGCGGACUAAGGUGCAGUCUCAUUUCUCAGAGACUUUGCGCAGGGAGGAGGAGCAACGCCUACGACAGCUGGUGGCGGAGGGACGCGCAAAAUACAUAGAAGCGGAGGAUGAGUUUCACCACUGGAAGGAGAAAGCCAGAACGACCAAGCGGUUGCUUAAAGAGAAGGAAACGCUUGAUCAGCUAAAUCAAGCUAUUCAACAGGUGGAGGAUGAAGUGCACAUGUGGCGGAACAAAUUACUGUUCGCAAAGAGACAUGCGCAACAACCAAAGAAAAGAGAGGGUGAAAAGGGACGAAACAACUAA